AUGCCCGACGUUUCUAAAAUCGAGGAUUUGCUGCGCGGCCUGGAGAAUGGCACCUACCACACUCUGGGCCUCAGUUUAGGUUCGAAGAAGGUCACCAGUCCGGGGCUGCAGAUAGCUAAGAAGGAGACGCAGCCAUCCCCAACCCUUUUCGCACCCCCCGACCUACCUCAUGAAGCUACCUACACCAUUAUUUCUCUCGACCCCGACGCACCAUUUAUCUCGUGGAAUGCACUCAGUCCUAUAGCUCACUGGAUUCAGACUGGUUUUAAAAUUGACCAGCAGCACCAACGAGAACUGAAAAGUGAUGAGCGACCCAUUGCGCCGUGGGCUGCUGCUGGACCGCCUCCCCUUGCGGCGCCACAUCGCUAUGUGUUUCUGCUCUAUCAUCAGAACACCGAGUCAGCCAUUCCCCCGGAUUUGAAGGAGAAGGAGUUUUCCAUCACGCAACGGAUGAGAUUUGAUCUUGAUGCUAUGGUGAACCAGCUGCAGUUGGGGGAUCUUGUGGCAGUCAACUACUUUGUAUCGAAUUAG